ACAGACUCGAGAAGAUAGUGUUAGUUUCAGAGUACCUCUCUCACUCUCUCUCGAAUCUCUAUAGUUUUGACCUGAGUCGUGUAGCCUUUUAGAACAUCCACCCCGGAGACCCGCCGCUUUAUCAUCAUUUAAGGUUAAGCCGUGGCCACCGUAUGUAUAAGCAGUAAAGACCCCCCUCCCCUUUCCUAUGCGCAUAAUCACCACCACCACCAUCAUCUAAUAAAAAUCCCUCACCUAUGGGCUUCACUUCGGCUCUCUCUCUAUACUCCCUCUCACAUCCGAAGGUUUCAGCUGGGGCGGCCCAUUCUCAUUCUCAUCCGCUAAAGCACAGACUCCAAUCCGAGGCGAACCCUUUAACGGUUCGAAGAAGAUGUUUGAGAUUUAGGAGUGUGGUUGUGAAGGCGGCUGCUGCUUCUGGACGUGGCCGCAGAGUGUACAGUCAGUCUCAGCCUCCUUUGAUUAACGCUCCCGUCAAGCAGGUUGCCUCCUUCAUUAUCCCCGCCGGAGUCUUUGUAGCUGUCACUUUCGUUUUGUGGAAAUUGGUGGAGAAACUUCUUAUGCCGAAGCCAGCAAGGUCUAGUUUAUCAGCAGCAGAAAAUAAGUCUCCUGAAAAAGGAAUGAAAUGGUCCUUUGCCCCUGGCACUAAUUUACUAUCAGGUUUCACUGCCAAAGUCGACAGGGAGUCCAAGCAGAAGCUUAAUGAAUUUGCCAAGCAACUCAGGGCUUUCAGAAGCGUUGACAUGUCCGGAUGUAAUUUCGGAGAUGAAGGACUGUUUUUCCUUGCUGAGAGCUUAGCAUACAACCAGAUUCUAGAGGAAGUGAGUUUUGCUGCAAAUGGAAUAACUGCAGAAGGAACAAAAGCCUUUGACCGUGUACUUCAAUCAAACAUUUCUCUAAAAACUCUCAACAUUUCUGGAAAUCCUAUUGGUGAUGAAGGAGCCAAGAUCCUGUGUGAGAUAUUGGUGGAUAAUGUUGGUAUUGAAAAGCUCCAGCUGAACAGUGCUGAUUUAGGUGAUGAGGGUGCAAAGGCUAUUGCUGACUUAUUGAAGAAAAGUUCAACCUUGCGUGUGGUUGAACUUAAUAACAACAUGAUUGACUAUUCUGGAUUUACAAGUCUUGCUGGAGCACUUCUUGAGAAUAAUGCUGUACGAAGUAUAUAUCUCAAUGGAAAUUAUGGUGGCGCUUUGGGGGCUAAUGCUUUGGCUAAAGGGCUUGAGGGGAACAAGUCUUUACGAGAACUUCACUUGCAAGGAAAUUCUAUUGGAGAUGAAGGAGUUCGUGCCUUGAUGUCAGGUUUAUCUUCAACCAAAGCAAAACUUACGCAUCUAGACAUUGGCAACAACUCAAUUAGUGCAAAAGGUGCCUUUCAUGUUGCCGAGUAUGUCAAAAAGAGCAAGAGCUUAUUUUGGUUGAACAUGUACAUGAAUGACAUAGGUGAUGAGGGUGCUGAAAAGAUUGCUGAUGCUUUGAAGCAAAACCGUAGUAUAGCAAUUAUAGACCUGGGAGGAAAUAACAUACACGCCAAGGGAAUAAGUGAAAUAGCUCAAGUUUUAAAAGAUAACACUGUCAUCACAACGUUGGAAAUCGGUUAUAAUCCCUUCGGACCAGAUGGAAUGAAGGUGUUAUCAGAAAUUCUUAAGUUUCAUGGAAAUGUGAAAGCACUAAAGCUGGGUUGGUGCCAGAUAGGAGCAAAGGGCUCAGAGUACAUUGCAGAUACUUUGAAAUACAACAAUACAAUUUCGAUUCUGGACUUGCGAGGAAAUGGGCUCAGAGAUGAAGGUGCGGUUUGUCUGGCUCGCAGCUUGAAAGUUGUCAAUGAAGUUCUAACCGAGCUUGACUUAGGAUUUAAUGAAAUAAGAGAUGAUGGGGCUUUUGCCAUUGCUCAAGCCCUCAAGUCAAAUGAAGAUGUAAAAAUCACCUCUCUAAAUCUCGGAAAUAACUUCCUUACAAAAUUUGGGCAGAGUGCUCUCACUGAUGCAAGGGAUCAUGUAUAUGAGAUGAAUGAAAAGGAAGUGAACAUCGUUUUCUAGAAAAUCGAUCGCCGAACAGGGAAGCAGCUUGUCAUCGUAUAUUAGAACAGGAGCCAUUCUUUUUGCUUGUUCUUCUUGCUAGUUUAGGGGAUACUUCGUAUGUGAAGUUCGAAUUUUUGAGCUAUAGCCAACAUCCAUGGAUCCAACAUUUGGAAAUUUUGAGGUUGAGAGAUCAUAUCAUAGAGUCAUUGUAACUUUUUCCGACUUACAAUUAGUUUACAAGCUUUCUUGUAGCAGUCAUCUGCUCACAGUAAAUAACUAGCAAGCACGCUCAGUGUUGCCGGACUGUAUAAUUUGUUGAGAGUUUUUAAUAAAUUAUAAUUCAAGCCCAUUUUAAAUC